ACAGGACCUCCUCCGCCUUCCCACCCUCUUCUCCUCCCCUCUUCUCUUCACCCUCCAUAACUCCUUUCGUUCCCUCGAGUGGCUGGAUCAGGAAACAAGAAAGCUCAGAUCCCUCAUUCAUUCGCUCAUCCCCUCUUCCCCUCAUUCGUUCAUUCGCUGCUGGGAACACCUUUCCUUCUUCCCCCACCUUCCCCCUCCCCCCAAAGAAGCAGAAAGAUGCUUACCUCGAUCAAGAAUCUCGCCGCCCUCGCCCUGGCUGCGACCGUCGCCCAGGCUGCCGUCGUCACCUACAACUGGAACAUCACCUACGUGAACGCCAACCCCGAUGGCUUGUUCGAGCGCCGUGUUAUCGGUGUCAACGGACAGUUCCCCAUCCCGGCCAUCAAUGUCACCUUGAACGACACCCUGGUCAUCAACGUCAUUAACCAGAUCGACCAGCCCACCAGCUUGCAUUCUCACGGUCUCUUCCAGACCGGCAACGGCCAGUUUGAUGGUCCCUCCAUGGUCACCCAGUGCCCCAUUCCUCCUGGCGCCAACUUCACCUAUACCAUCCCAAUCGAGCAACACGGUACCUACUGGAUCCAUGGUCAUUACCAGGGCCAGUAUGUCGAUGGUCUUCGUGGACCUCUGGUUAUCCAUAACAUCAACGAGACCUACAAGUACGAUGCCGAGUACACCAUUGCUCUUGCUGACUGGUACCACAAGGAUCACAGCGUCAUGUUGGAGCAGUACCUCUCCAUCUUCAACCCUAGCGGCGCCGAGCCCGUCCCCGAGUCCGGCUUGAUCAACCAGCAGACCGAUGCCAAGUUCGAGUUCAUUCCCGGCAAGACCUAUCGUCUCCGUAUCAUUAACAUGUCUGCCCUUGCCAUGUUCCAUUUCCACAUUGACGGACAUGAGAUGGAGAUCAUUGAGAUCGAUGGUAUCGAUGUCGAGAGAACCAAGGUUACCAGCUUUCCCAUCACUGCUGCUCAACGCUACUCUGUUCUUGUCACUGCCAGGAACGAGACCACCAAUAACUACGUUUUGCACGCAGACAUGGAUCCCGCCAUGUUCGACGUUGUCCCUGACGAGUUGCAGUUGAACGUUACUGGAACCAUCGUCUAUGAUGCUGCUGCGCCUCUCGCCCCCGAGGAGACCUCCCAGUGGGAUGAAUUUAAUGAUGCUGAGCUCGUCCCCGUCAUCCCUGAGGAAACCGCUCUCCCUGACAAGGUCUUCGCCCUGACUGCCGUCUUCAGCGUCUUGGAUGACUACAGCAACAAGGCCACGUUCAACGACAUCACCUAUGUCAUGCCCAAGGUUCCCACCCUGUAUACUGCUUUGUCCACUGGCAACCUUUCCUCGAAUCCCGAGGUCUACGGCAAGUUCACCCACCCCUUGGUCGUGCAGCACAACGAUUGGGUUGAGAUCAUUAUCAACAACGACGACGCCGGCAACCAUCCCUUCCAUCUGCACGGCCACGUGUUCCAGAUCGUCGGACGCGGCGAGGGCAAGUACGACCCCAGCACUCCCUACCCCAACUACUUCAACACCACCAACCCUGCUCGUCGCGACACUGUCCUCGUUCCCUCUGAGCAGAACGUUGCCAUCCGUUUCCGUGCCAACAACCCUGGUGUCUGGUUGUUCCAUUGCCAUAUCGAGUGGCAUCUCCAGGCUGGACUUGCCACGACCUUCAUUGAGGCUCCCGAGAUCAUGUCCAGCAUCCUCAAGAUUGACCCGUCGCACUUUGAACAGUGCAAGGCCCUCGGCAUCCCAUACAGUGGCAAUGCUGCCGGUAACGAGGGCUUGGACCUCACUGGCGCCAACGUCGGACCUGGUCUUCUCCCUGGCACCUUCACUGGCAAGGGAGUUGUCGCCCUCGUGUUCACUAUCAUUGCGGCCCUCUUGGGUCUCGGAACUGUGAUCUGGUAUGCCCGUGAGGACGACGCCCACAUCGCUGCCCAGAUUGCCAAGGCUAAGGAUACCGAAGAGACCCACUAAAUUAUGAGCUUGACGAUUGAAAAAUUGGAGGGAGAAGUAAGGGAAACAAGCGCAUGUGACCGAUAACUCUCUCUGAUAUUUUAUUGCAGUUCAUUCACCCCUACCGGUCAAAGAUUCUCGAUCAUAUCCUUGAUCAUCUACAUUUUUACAGCACCAUCCUUGUGUAUAUUAGCGACUCGUUUAAUUCAUUUUCACUCCUCCGGGAUCCCAAGCUAUCUGUUCAUAUUGAGUCCUGUUCAUCGACUUGCCCGGCCUGCAUAUAUACUUGUCAUCUCUUCCAAAUAAAUAAUUCCUUCAUACUUCUAUUUUUGGGAGCAAUCCGUCC